AUGGAGUCAUUCGUCCGGGGAAUCCAACGAGUGGGAUUAAUUUUGAAAAAUGGAUCAAAGGUUACGAAUUCAACUGCAAGAAAAUAUGCAUCGACUUUAAUAAAAUGUAAGAUGAUUGAAGGUAAUAAUGGUGAGCAGAUUUUUUCAUCAAGUUAUGAAGAUGUUGAGAUACCUUCAUUAACUAUUCCUGAAUAUUUAUGGCAGAAGUUGGAAAAAUGGCCAAAAAGAAUUGCUGUUGAAUGCGGAAUAACAGGAAGGAAAUACACAUAUGCAGAAGCAAGAGACAGUGCUAAUUAUAUUGCAAGAAGUCUAAUAAAUAUGGGCUUAAAAAAUGGUGAUAUAGUAGCAUUAAUAUUACCAAACUUACCAGAAAGUCCGAUUUCAUUCCUCGGUAUCUUAGAAGCUGGACUAGUUUGUACAACUGUCAAUCCUCUGUACACUGUCGAUGAAAUUUCCCGACAACUACAGUCAUCUGGAGCAAAAGCAAUUAUUACUUCCACUGAAAUUGCAUCUAAUGUAAUGAUUGCAGCAAAAGCAAGUCUUCCUCCGAAUUCACCUUUUAUAGUUGUCGAAGAUACAGACCGAGUUUUACCUACAGGAUCAAUUCCUUUUAAGGAUCUCACAACGAAAGGAAAAACAUUACCACAAGUGCAGCUAAAAUCUCAAAAUCCCCAUGAUCUUGCCGUACUGCCAUAUUCGAGUGGAACUACAGGUCUUCCAAAAGGAGUAAUGUUAUCUCAUCACAAUUUAAUAUCUAAUAUAAUAAUGACUGAUUCUAGCUGUGACUUCAUACAAGUGUCAGAUGACUUUCAAGAUGUCAUUCCAACAGUUUUACCUUUAUUUCAUAUAUACGGUAUGAACGGUUUAAUGCUGCCAAGAAUGUGCUCGGGAGCUAAAUUAAUUACCCUUCCAAGUUUUACUCCUGACACAUAUAUAAAUGUAUUAUCAAAGAAUAAGUGUACCCCCUAUCGUUUUGUUUUUUGGUGCACAUCCAGCAGUUAAAGCCGAAUAUUUCAAAAACGUAAGAGUUAUUUUUAGCGGCGCAGCACCAUUAGCUGGAUCAGAUGUAGAAAGAGUUUAUGAAAAGUUUAAUUUAACUCCUGAUCAAUUACGAAUCCUUCAAGGUUAUGGCUUAACCGAAUCUUCACCGGUGUCAUUUUUAGAAAUGUCGAAUACUAAAUUUUCAAGUAUUGGUCAUCCGGUUAAUAAAUGCAAAGUACGAUUGGUUGAUUCAAUAACCGGUAAAGAUGUUGUUACACCAGGUCAAACUGGAGAAAUUUGGAUAAAAGGCCCCCAUGUGAUGAAAGGAUACUUUAAAAAUGAAAAAGCGACAGAAGAAACUUUACAAGAUGGAUGGUUAAAAACGGGUGAUAUUGCUUACUGUGAUGAAGAUUUUGCCUUUUUUAUAACUGAUAGAUUAAAGGAAUUGAUAAAAGUCAAAGGAUUUCAAGUACCCCCCGCAGAAUUAGAAGCGGUAUUACGAACGCAUCCUGCGGUAGCUGACGCUGCUGUUGUUGGAGUAGCUGAUCCACGAUCUGGAGAAGUACCGAAGGCGUUUGUUGUAUUAAAACCAAACCAAUCGGUGUCUACCGAGGACAUACAAAACUUCGUAAAAGGAAAAGUUUCAGAGUACAAAGAACUAAGAGGAGGUGUCAGUUUCAUCAAAGAAAUACCAAGAAAUGCAAGUGGAAAAAUAUUGCGGAUGCAUUUAAAAAAUUUAUGUUAG